AUGCUCGGCGCCGUCCACUGCUCCUUCCGCCGCGAGAUCACCGCCUACGCCCCCUACGAGAUGUGGUCCCGCGUCCUCUCCUGGGACCGCAAGUGGCUCUACAUCGUCACCCACUUCGUCCCCAAGGGCACAGCCCGCCCGACCGAGUGGCUCGACCCCAAGUUCGGCACCGCCCGCGUGCGCCGCGGCCCCGGCGCCCCCGGCACCACCGACAGCAAGGAGUGGGAGAAGAAGAUCUACGCCACCGGCGUGAGCAAGUACGUCUUCAAGAUCGGCCGCCUCACCGUCCACCCGGCCGUCGCCCUCGAGGAGAGCGAGCUGCUGCCCCACCGCCCCGACGGCGGCUGGCAGGGCGGCCCCAACGGCGUCGGCGACGAGGACCUCGACCUGAGCGACGUCGCCGACGACGGCGCCUGGGACUGGAGGAUGGUCGAGAAGAGGCGCCGCGAGGGCAUGAAGUACGCCGCCCGCUUCGCCAGCAUGGACGACCUGCACGGCUGGCUCGACGGCGCCGACGGCGGCGACGGGAGCGCGCUGGCCAAGUUUGGCGGCUGA